AUGUUUUGUGCCAAGACAACUCCGCUGGAGACAGUCAAUGAUAAGGGACUCCCUGCUGUUCCUGUGUCUCCUUUGUCUUUACCUGCAAAUGAGCAAGACCAAUUUAUAAACAGAAAUAAAUACAUUUUAAACUUGCCUUUCCAGAUUUCUGAUGGGGGGCAGCAGGGCCUCUGGGGGGCUCUCGACACAACAGGUGGUGCGCCUCACGUGCAGCAGCAGCAGCAGCAGCAGCUGCAGCAAAGCCCGCAGGAUCCUCUGCACCCGGCACAACAAGUGCUCAGCCGCCGCCAGCACGAGCUGCAGCAGCAGGAGCAGCAGCAGGAACAGCAGCAACAGCAGAUUGUUGCAGCUGCAAGUGGAGAAACUCGGGACACCCCACAGCAGCUGCAGCAGCAGCUGCAGCAACAAAUGCAGCAGCAAAUGCAGCAGCAACAGCAGCCCAUCCCCGAGGGCUUCGUCCCGAGCACCCUGCUGGACAGCAGCUCAGGAGCAGCAGCAGCAUCAGCAGCAGCAGCAGCUGCGUCAGCUCCCGCUUCCGCUGCCCCAAGAGAACACCCGCAGCAGCAGCUGCUGCUGCGGGGAGCAGCAUCGGCGCCUUGUGAGCUUCUUCACCCUCAGCAGCAGCAGCCGCUCCCGAAGCAGCAGCAGCAGCAACUGGGAACAUCUCGAUCUCCUUCCCCGAAGCAGCUGCUGCUGCGGGCCCUUUUGUCCCCGCAGUCGGAAGCCUUUGCCGAGGGAACUAGGGACUGCUUUGUGCCCCCUGCUGCUGCUGCUGUGCAGCCGCUGCAGCAGCAGCAGCUGCAGCAGCGGCAGCAGCACGCGGAAGAAAGCGCCGCCAGCAAACUGGCAGAGACAGAAGAAUGCGCGUCCACGCAAACCUCCCGGGGAAGCGACUACAGGUCUUAG